AUGUCGCCAUUGACAGACUACGAUGCGAACGAUCGUAUAGUUUAUCCGUCCGCUGACCGCGGCUCUCAUUGGCUUAAUGCAACUCGGCAAGGCGAUACCGAUUCGCAAGGAAGUCGCCUCCGCUCACAUCAUGUCGACUGUAGAGUGAGAGAAACAGAGACUGCAAGUCAUCCACCUAACUCCGGAUGUCACUCCCUGACGCAUGCUCGUUUUGGACGACUUCCUCUUCUGCAACAGUUCGUCGACAUUGACUCCACAGGAUCAAAUACAUCAGUAACACUGAUUCACGUCGUGGUGAUUAGCGCUUCGAUUCCAUUUAAAAUCACUCUAUCGAUAUGGCUGGAAAUCCGUGCGCCACCAGAGGCGGGAGAAGUGGAUACAACGAAGAGUGGAGUGAUGGGAGGCGAAAGGGACAUGCGAAGGCGAGUCUUUCCGGAACCGUUGUUCAACCACCCACCAAAGAAUCCGUUACGCAAGUUAUCAAAAGCUCAUGCAGCGCAGGAGCUGUCGUAA